CUGAGCAGCCGACAGUCGCGCUGUCUGUCUCCCCAUCAGCAUCACCACCACCCGUCUGCACACAAUUUUGGAGUAGACACCUCGUGCUGUGACACUGCCCUACGAGCAUGGGUGUGUGACUGUGUGUGCGCGUGUGUGUUUGAGUCGUGGGGGAAAUAAACCCAGCAGCCUGCGGCAUUAAAGGGCAGCAUCUUCGGUCCCCCAUUACGCGAACAGGGGAGCACAGCAGAGGAACGAGCGGUUGGCACAGAAGGUGGCAUGGAGGAGAGGUGUGUGUGUGUCUGUGCACGGAGGCAGGGCUGUGGGAUGUGGUGUCUGACGGACGCGGAGAGAUGCUGUGAGCUUUGGUAUUAGCAGGCAGCUGCGCACCGAGCCGCUCUCCUCCCGCCCUCCCUCCUCAGCUGCUCUACUCGCACCGACCAUUCGCUGAAAUCGGGGAAUCGGCUCCACACGGCUCGCUGUGCUCACUACCGCUGGCGUCCUGCACGGGGAUUUGACACAACCAGAGAGAGAUGUACCAUUUCGGGAAGAAGGCCACUGGAUUAAAAAAUAUUGAGCUUCUACACGGACUGUGGUUUUAGUGACUGUGAGCUGGAAUCCCAUUGUCAAUCACAGGUUGAUCGUGCUUGGCUCAUCUACGCUGUAUUCUCAGCCAAAUUCUCCUUCCACUUGAUGAUACAAAUAGUCCACAGUAUUGCCAUCCAUGGUUUCUGCCCUAAUAAAUACUAUAUCAUCCUACAUUAAAAAGAUUUGCAAAGGAAUGUUUACAAAGAAAUUGGCAAACCCAAUAAAGAAGAAAGAGAGAAGUGAAAAUAAAGAGCCCAAAUUGACCACUGAUUUGCAAGCGCACAAUCUAACUCUCUCUACCACACUGAAGACUACCGUUAAAAAGAUUUCCAAAUGCUCUUCGGCACGUAACAUAUCGCUUGAAGAAGACGACGGAAAAAACGAUUGCUCAUCACUGUCACCCACUUUCAGCUAUCGAGUAGCUAUAGCAAAUGGACUCCCGAAAAACUCUCUCUUUUUGAAUAAUAAUGAAAGUAUCUUUUCUGAGGUUCUUUCAAUUGAUAGUAAUUACUCUGACUCCUUGAGUGAGACAAAACUUGUAAGGAGACUGGAUGAGCAAAAAUCACACACUAUGCCAGUAAGACGAAACAGGAAGAGCCUCAUCAGUUUGGCUCCCUCUGAUGGCAGCUCUGAGGGCGAGCGAGUGGAACGCUCAAGUCUACACACACUUAGGCUUGGUGCUCUACGCAAGUUAAGAAAAUGGAAAAAGAGUCAGGAAUGUGUCUCCUCCGACUCCGAGGUGAGCAAUUGGAGGAAAACCUUGGGCAUCCGGAGCAAGUCCUUGGACCGUGCUGGACGGCAGCAAAAGAGCUCAACCCUGGAGCCUGGCUCCUCCUCCACAGGUUGCAUUAGUCAGACCCAGGAUGUCAUGGAAAUGAUCUUUAAGGAGCUUCAGGGGAUCAGCCAGAUAGAGACAGAGCUGUCCGAGCUACGCGGCCAUGUAAAUGCCCUAAAAAGCUCCAUUGAUGAGAUAUCCAGCAGUGUGGAAGUAGUUCAAAGUGAGAUUGAGCAGCUUCGCACAGGAUUUGUCCAAUCUAGAAGGGAAACACGUGAUAUUCAUGACUACAUAAAACAAAUUAGCCACCAGGCCAAUAAUUCAACCUUGCGGUUCAUUAAUGUUCCCGAAGAAAGGGCAGAGAAAACAGAGAGUGUAAUAUACAAAAUACUGAAAGACAAAAUGGGUUUCGUUGAUGCCCUUAAAACAAUAAAAAUUGAGCUUGCUCAUAGGUUAGGGCAACAGAGAGAAUGUUCUAAUGCAAAACCCCGCCCAAUUAUUGUUAUUUUUGCAACAACCCAAGAAAGAGAUGUGGUCUUAAAAAAGUGCUAUAAACUCAAAGGAACAGGUAUUAUAGUCUCUACAGAUAGCUUAACUCAAGAUGGAAAGGAGAGAAAAGACAAAGCAAUGUCUUCCUCACAAACCUAUGAAAGCAUGGAUAUAAAAGUCUCAGGGAAGGACAAAGUAGUGGAGAGCGAUGACUGGGAUUCAAUGGACAGUGAUAAAGAAUUAGAUGAAUUAAGCAGAAAUAAAUAUGCAAUGGUGGUUUCAAAGCCUGUUCACAAGAGCAAAUCAGAGAAGAGGCGUUCCCAUGACCAUAGCCGGUCAGGAGAGGAAGCCGGCUACUCAGGCACUGUUCACUAUGCUGAUGACGCCUACUAUGACCCAGACAAGCAUGCAAAGGCUUACUACUCUGAUUUGACCCCAGGUUGGCUUUCCCAGAGUGACUACUCCACCCCAAAACUCAGCCGCUCUGAGUCUGACUGCUCAAAGCUUUGCCAGUCGUACUCCGAGGACUUUUCAGAAAGUCAGUAUUUUACACGGGCAAAUGGCGGCUCACUGCUGUCCUCUUCCGAUCAGGAACUGUGGCAGAGGAAACAAGAAGACAUGUCCACCUCCUGGUAUGCUAGCGAGACUCAGCCGCUCGGCCAUGAUAAUCAAACAUAUGAACACAAUGAGAUUGAGACUACAGAAACUAUUGACAGUGGGGUGAGCAAUGGACUUGUCUGCAUGUCAGGAGACAGAAGCCACUACAGUGGCUCCCAGGUCUCUCUUCAAGGUGACCUAUCACCCUGGAAAGACUGGCAUCAUCUCGAGCAGGGUGCUGACUCUGGUUUGGAAGCUUCUAUAGAGGUCAGCAGUCCCUUUGACCCAUCAACCAUCCCCGGUUUUCCAGAAAACAUCACUAAAUGUCAGGAGGUUGAUUUACAAUUUGAAGGAGAAGAGGAAUUCAUGAUGCUUGACAGAGACUCUCUACCACCUAUAACCACACACAUUAUUCCUCCCGUCACAGAACGGGAGACUGUCAUCAAGACAUCUGCCCGGCAGUCUAAAGAAGAAUAUAAGAUUAGUGCAAAAGAAAACACUAAAGUAUCAUCUAAAGAUACCCCUAAAGCUGCUGCUAAGUCUACACAUAAACAGACUAAAUUGGCUCCUAAAGAAGAAACCACCAAAAUAUUGCCUAAGGAAGUCUCAAAGGUUUCUGCUACUAAAGUUUCAUCUAAAGGGACCUCUAAAGCAACUCCUAAAGAUGUAUCUAAAGAGGUACAGAAAUCAGCAGUUAAAGAACCCUCUCAAGCCCUUCCUAAAGAACGUACAAAAGUAACACCUAAAGAUACAACAAAGCCCACUGUUAAAGAAGUUUCUAAAGUGACAUCAAAGAUAACUUCUAAUGAGCCUACCAAAGUCACUCCUAAAACUACCCCGAAAGUUAGCCCGAUAGUGACUCCAAAAGAAAGUCCAAGAGAGUCACCGAAAGAGAGCCCGAAAAUAACUCCAUUUGUGAGCCCUAUUUCAACCCCUAAAGAGUCCCCUAAAGAAUCCCCUAAGGAGUCUCCUAAAGUGUUUGCAAAAGAUCUACCACAAGUUGCACCUAAAGAAGGUCUGAAAGUUGUUGCUAAAGAGGUUACCAAAGAAGCUGCACAACUACCCCCAAAAGAGACCCCAAAAGAGAUAACUAAAAUAGCAUCUAAGGAGACUGGUAAAGUACCCACUAAAGAGGUUUCUAAGAUUCCACCUAAAGAAGUUUCUAAGAUUCCACCUCAAGAAGUUUCUAAGAUUCCACCUCAAGAAGUUUCUAAGAUGCCACCUAAAGAAGUUUCUAAGAUUCCACCUAAAGAAGUUUCUAAGAUUUCACCUCAAGAAGUUUCUAAGAUUCCACCUAAAGAAGUUUCUAAGAUUCCACCUCAAGAAGUUUCUAAGAUUCCACCUCAAGAAGCCCCAAAGGUAGCACCUCAAGAGAGUCCCAAGGUGCUACCCAAUGAGAUCCCAAAAGCAGUCCCAUCAGAAGCCCCUAAAGUUGCACCCAAAGUAGUAUCUAAAGAUGCCCCUAAAGAAACCCCCAAAGUAGUUCCGAAGGAUAAAUUCCCUGAACUGGAUGUCAAUCAUAGCUUUCACCAGUCUCAGAAUAAAUCUUCAACUAUGUACCGCAGUCAGAGUGAGAUUCGAACAGAGAAAGUUGAGGAGGUCCCCAAGUCUUGGAGUAGUAGGCUCAGCAUAGAUCUCACUGAGAAGUCCUUUGGUUUUGGCUUUGGCUCUACACUGCAGAGAGCUAAGUCAGCUCUGGAGGUUGUUUUGAAGUCUGCCCCUCCCACUCCUAAUCCUGCUCCUCCAGAGGCGCCCACCAGCUCAUCAUUUAUGGGCCGUUUUCGCACCCUGUCCACCUCUGGUGUUAGUAACCCUUCUACUGCAACAGACUCAGAUGCCUACAAAGAGCCUGUCUUUAACAAGGCAGAGGAUAAGAAAGCAGGUUCAGACCCAGAAGCUGUGGAACAACCAGUGGACAAUGAGACCCACUAUGUUGAAGUGAUGGAGCAGGUACUAGCCAACUUGGAGAACAGAACUAAUGCUGAUGAGACAGAUGAGACAGAUGAAGCUGUGCAGGAGUGUGAGACUUCUCAGGACUAUGAUGUGUCUGAUGACGUUGAUGCCUCUCAAGAUGAUGAUGCCUUUGAGGACUUAGAGGCCUCUCAAGAUAUUGAAGCCACAGAUAACUAUGAGACAAGUAAAGAGGCAUGUGUUCUGGAGUAUGAUUGCAAUUUGGAUGAAGAGUACAAUGAAGACUAUGAAACCCACCUCACAGAGGACACAGCUGAAUAUGACGCAAUGGUGGAAUAUGUAGACGUAGAAGAUCCUGAUGACAAUGAUGUGACAGAGGAGAUGGAAGAGGGCGAUGAGGAGUUAGAAGAGGUAGAGGAGAUAACAGAGGAGGUAGCUGAGGUGUCUGAAAAAGUGGAUCAAAAAGAGGAUGAAAACAAAAAUAUUUCAGAGGAGAAGUCUACAGAGAAGUCAACAGAGGCCCCAUCCAAGAAACGUAUCCGACCAACAUUCAAGGAGGCCGCACUGAGGGCUUACAGGAAACAGAUGGCUGAACUUGAGCAGCAGAUCCUGGCAGGAGACAGCGGAGAUUUGGAUACACAGCCUCGCAGUCUUUUGGACCCCAAACUGCUCGGCUUGCAGUCUGGAGGGUCUGGCAGUAUUCUUUAUGGUAUUGACAGCAUGCCAGAUUUACGCCGCAAGAGGAUAGUGCCUCUUGUCCGAGACCUGGCUUUGACCCUCACUGCUCGAAAGGCAGGCAUCUCGUUCGCUCUGGUGAACCGGUCCACCCUGAAUGAUGUAGACCUGAAACAACAUGUCUUCAAGAAGACUCUCCAGGCCUUGAUCUACCCAAUUUCAUCCACAACACCCCAUAACUUUGAGGUGUGGACGGCGACGGCACCGACCUACUGCCAUGAGUGCGAGGGGCUGCUGUGGGGCAUCGCCCGGCAGGGCAUGCGCUGCUCAGAGUGUGGCGUCAAAUGCCACGAUAAGUGCCAGGACCUGCUUAAUGCAGAUUGUUUACAAAGGGCGGUGGAGAAGAGCUCCAAGCACGGGGCGGAGGACAAGACCCAGAAUAUCAUCAUGGCUAUGAAGGAGCGCAUGAAGAUCCGCGAGAAAAACACUCCUGAAGUGUUCGAGGUGAUCCAGGAGAUGUUCCACGUCUCCAAAGAAGAACUCACCAGCCAUCUGAAGACGGCCAAACAGGCGGUUCUGGAUGGGACCUCCAAGUGGUCGGCCAAAAUCACCAUCACAGUAAUGAGUGCACAGGGCUUACAGGCCAAGGAUAAAACGGGCUCCAGCGACCCUUACGUCACCGUCCAGGUGGGCAAGACCAAACGCAGGACGAAGACCAUCUUCGGAAACCUCAACCCAGUCUGGGAUGAGAAGUUCUUCUUUGAAUGUCACAACGCCACUGACCGCAUCAAGGUGCGAGUGUGGGACGAAGACGAUGACAUCAAAUCUCGGGUGAAGCAGCAUUUCAAGCGCGAGUCGGACGACUUCUUGGGCCAGACCAUCAUCGAGGUCCGCACCCUCAGCGGGGAGAUGGAUGUUUGGUACAAUCUAGAUAAAAGGACUGACAAGUCUGCGGUAUCUGGUGCCAUCAGACUCAAGAUCAGCGUGGAGAUGAAAGGAGAGGAGAACGUGGUUCCUCCUCACGGCCAGUACACCUGUUUACAUGAGAACCUGUUCCACUACCUGACGGAGGUGAAGAGCGGCGGCGUGGUGAAGAUACCGCAGGUGAAAGGGGACGAGGCGUGGAAGGUCUACUUUGACGACGUGUCUCAGGAGAUAGUGGAUGAGUUCGCCAUGAGAUACGGAGUGGAGUCCAUCUAUCAGGCUAUGACGCACUUCUCCUGUCUGUCCGCCAAGUACAUGUGUCCCGGUGUGCCAGCAGUGAUGAGCAACCUGCUCGCUAAUAUCAACGCUUACUUCGCCCACACCACCACCACCACCACAACCACUGCCUCCGCAUCGGACCGAUUUGCUGCCUCUAACUUUGGGAGGGAGAAAUUUGUCAAAUUAUUGGACCAGCUGCAUAACUCACUGAGGAUCGACCUCUCCAAAUAUCGGGAUAAUUUCCCUGCAGGAAACCCAGAGCGUCUCCAAGAUCUGAAGUCCACUGUUGAUCUGCUGACCAGCAUCACCUUCUUCAGGAUGAAGGUUCAAGAGCUCCAGAGUCCGCCCAGAGCCAGCAUGGUGGUGAAGGACUGCGUGAAGGCGUGUCUGGACUCUACAUACAAAUACAUUUUUGAUAACUGUCAUGAACUCUACAACCAACUCCUUGACCAGAGCCGGAAGCAGGACAUCCCCCGAGAGGAGCAGGGUCCGUCUAUAAAGAACCUGGACUUCUGGCCAAAACUCAUCACUCUCAUGGUGUCUGUGAUCGAUGAGGACCGGACAGCUUACACCCCAGUCAUUAACCAGUUUCCGCAGGAGCUGAACGCCGGCAAGACCAGCGCCGAGAUCAUGUGGAGCCUCUUCGCCCUGGAUAUGAAGUAUGCAAUGGAAGAGCAUGACAAGCACCGCCUAUGCAAAAGUACUGAAUACAUGAAUCUUCACUUCAAAGUCAAAUGGUUCCAUAAUGAGUAUGUUCGUGACCUGCCGGCCUUCAAGGGUGUUCCACCUGAGUAUUCACUGUGGUUUGAGCCGUUUGUCAUUCAGUGGCUUGAUGAGAAUGAGGACGUUGCCAUGGAUUUCCUAAAUGGCGCUCUGGAAAGGGACAAGAAAGAUGGAUUCCAGCAAACCUCGGAGCACGCCCUCUUUUCCUGUUCGGUGGUUGACGUGUUCACGCAGCUAAACCAGAGCUUCGAGAUCAUCAAGAAGCUGGAGUGUCCGAACCCGCAGGCUCUGGCUCACUUCAUGUGCCGAUUUGCGAAGACUAUCAACAAAGUUCUUCUGCAAUAUGCUGCAAUCAUAUCCAAGGACUUUCCUUUGCAUUUAAACAAGGAGAACGUGCCCUGCAUCAUCCUCAACAACAUCCAGCAGCUCCGAGUCCAACUGGAGAAGAUGUUCGAGUCCAUGGGAGGCAAACAGGAGGAGGGGGUUGUGUCCUUCUGUAAGCUGGAUGCAGAGGCCAGUGAUUUGCUGAAGGAGCUGCAGAAUAAACUCAACACGGUGCUGGAUGAGCUCAGCGGAGUGUUUGGCUCCAGUUUCCAAGGUGUGAUAGAGGACUGUGUGAAGCAGAUGAACCAGGAGCUGGUUCAGAUGAAAGGGCCGGCCAAAGGAAGCAACGCUGCCAUGGACGCAGAGACCGUCCUCAGACCUCUUAUGGACCUCCUGGAUAAAAAUUUGAUGUUAUUUGCCAAGAUCUGUGAAAAGACUGUGCUGAAACGAGUCCUCAAAGAGCUUUGGAAAAUCGUGCUGAACAUCAUCGAGACAACAAUAGUUCUGCCUCCUCUGAAUGACCAGAGCCAAGGAGCUCAGAUGAUCUUCAAUGCUGCCAAGGACUUGGGACAGCUGACCAAACUGAAGGAGCAUGUGACCCGAGAGGAAGCCAGAAGUUUGACUCCACGACAGUGUGCAGCCAUGGACCUCGUGCUUCCCACCAUCAAGCAAUACUUCCAUGCUGGAGGAAACGGGCUGAAGAAAACCUUCCUGGAAAAGAGCCCCGAUAUGAGGUCCCUCAAAUAUGCUCUCAGCCUUUACACUCAACCUACAGAUGCCUUGAUCAAGAAAUAUAUAUGCACCCAAACCUCUCAAGGUCAGUCAUCCAACGGAUCCGUGGGGGAGGUGUCGAUGCAAGUGACUCUCAUCUCUCACCCUGGCACUGGAGAGCACAAAGUCAGCGUGAAGGUGGUCGCAGUGAACAACCUCAUCUGGCAGACCAACGCCAUGUUCCGGCCGUUUGUAGAGGUCAACGCCGUGGGACCGCACCUGGCUGACAAGAAGCGCAAAUUCAGCACCAAGACCAAGAAUAACAACUGGUCACCAAAGUACAACGAAACAUUCCAAUAUGUUCUCAGUAACGAACACGGUCCGGAGGUCUACGAGCUCCACGUCUCAGUGAAGGACUACUGCUUUGCUCGCGACGACCGCAUCAUCGGCAUGACGGUGAUUCAGCUCAAAGAGCUGGCGGACAAUGGCAGCUGCUCCGCAAACUACCCCCUGGUGAAGAGCAUCUCCAUGGACGAAACCGGCCUCACCAUCAUGAGGAUACUCUCUCAAAGGACCACAGACGAGGUGGCCAAAGAGUUUGUGCGUCUCAAGACGGACACACGCUCGGCGGAGGAAGUGUCGUAAUGUGCAGCAAAAACGCAGUAUUAAAAGAGUUGUGUUGUCUUAAGUGGAAGAUGAAUAGAACAGGGAGAAGGAGAAAGGGCAGUAGCAACAGAUGUUCUUUCUGAAAAGAAGCUGGAGAAUGUCCAAAGCGAAGCGCAGGAGGCCCACAUGUGGCGAGGCAGCAAGACAGUGACAGAGAGAGAGAGUUGUGUUUGUUUGUUUGUUUUUGUGCAUGUGCGUAAAACAUCUGUUGGAAUGUUCAUUUUAAAAACUACAGUAUGUACAAGUGUUUACUUACCGUAUGCUUACUAUUAAGUACUAUAUUCUACGAGUUAUGUUAACGAGACAUGAAAUACCUUUUGUACAACAUUUAGUCUUUUUGAACAGAAUUUGUUCCAAUAAAGUGCCAAACCAGUGAAAAAAAGAACAAAACCAACGUAUAUGAAUUAUGGUGAACUUAGUAUGUUUGAAAUUUGCUCGAUUAUUUUGUCCGGUGUAAGUCAUUUUCUGACAGUGUGGCGUUUUGAUUGUUGCAGAGUCUUUUCAUUUUGCACCCUCGUUUUUUGGCUUCACGUUCUUCCUCACAGCACUGUUGUGCAUGUCCUCUUCUCGGUCAUGUCUCUCCCAUGAUUCCACAGUGACCACCGAGCAGGGUCCUGUCCCCUUGCCUUCAAACUGUUUGUAUUUUAAGUCGACCUGAAAAUAGACCAUGUUUUUUUAAAUGGCGAUGACUGCUAUGUAAACCUUCAUAGGUGUUUGUAAUUUUAUAACCAUGACAACAAUGACGACAGCCUCCAGUGCUAACAGUCUUAGCAGAAAGGAUGGAAAUGUUUUUCUUUUUUUUUUCCCGGGCUUUUUGUUCCUUGUUUUUGGCCAUCAGCUUCCAGCCUUUCUGAAUGACCACUGUGAACAUGAGCUUUGGAAGGCAAGCUUACAUGACAUUACUGACAGUUUGAUAUUAUUGUUUCAUAUUUUUCCGAUAACUUUGUUCCUGAUUAACUGCCAAAGUUAUAUCAAAUAUUUGUACAAAAGCAAUCCAUUACAUGUAUGAUAUAUGAUGAAAUAUGUACAUGUGAUCUAUUACUUUUUCAAUGCUUAAUAUAUGAUUAUUGAUAGGGUGGUAAUAAGAUUUUAUUUUUUUUAUUUCCUAUGAAGCUGUUAACCAAUAUGAAAGUUGCACAUGUUACUUUACACAUUAGUUAUAUCAGCUUCUGUCAUUGGAAUUUAUUUUCUUCAUAAAGGAAAGAGUAACAUUUGGUAAAUAUGCAACAUUCCUAUGUAUUGCACUGAUGGCGAAUUGUAUGUCAUGUAAAUAUAUUUAGUGAGAUAUUGUACAAAAGUCUACUUUUCUUCAAUGUGCAUAAAGUAUGUGCAAAUGUG